AUGGCGAAAAGAGAACCACCGAUUUCUUUGGCUCUGAAAACUUCAGUUGAUCCAAAUGCUACGUAUUUAUGCCCUCUAAGCUUGUCAUCCACCUUAACUCCGCCGUUGACGCCAACAACGCCGCAUGAUAAACCGACAUUAUACGACGACCAUAAUGGACUUAAGCAAUCAAUACCUGUUCCAACGGAGUCAGGCUUUCGGGAACUUGAAGGGCAACAGCCAGAAAAUAAAAACCUUUUACCCCUAGAAUUCCCUUAUGAUAUCGAACUCCAGAGUGACUCGAGAGGCAGACCCAUCGAAUACGGUAGCGGAGCCUGGAGCGUAGUAUACAAGGCCACAUCUCGUUGGACUUUCAACACGCCGGACUACCCGCCAACUCCUUCGCGAACAGAUACAUUAUCAUUACCUCAAACCUCUGUCAUCGCGGUAAAAUCACCUGUGCGUCGCGAUGCGCAUUUAAUCUUACUCGCUGAAGCACGACUUCUUUCCCGCCUCUCCCAAAUUCCCGGUGCGGAACACCACAUCAUCCCCUUCCACGGGUUUAUCCCCUUGUCCCAUUCCCUUGUUCUGUCAGCCAUUCCUCUCAGCCUUUCAGACUACAUCAGCAACCAGGCCGUCUCUGCACAAGAAACAUUCUCCACGAAGACGAUGUUCUAUCCCGUUCUAGGCAUGCCACGGUGGCUUGCACUCGCCAGGGAGCUCGUCAUCGGCUUGGACUGGCUGCAUUCAUACGGCCAAAUCAUCCACGGCGAUAUCAAGCCGCAGAACGUCCUGCUGAAGCCUCGAGAGCCGGGUGGUGAUAAUGAUAGCGCCGAUUCAAACUCCACGGAAGACCCAUUUCCCUAUGAACCCAUCUAUAUAGAUUUCACCUCGUCAUACGACCCUUUGACCAUGGAGCCUAAUUCACAGAGCCCCGGGUCGUCACAAUCGCUCUCUGCUUUGACACCCCCAUUCGCAGCGCCAGAGCUGCUCACCGUCCAGUCUUUAAAGUCCACAAAUGCAGUCCAAUCGAAGGGUUCAGAUGUCUUUUCCCUCGCUGUCACCCUACUUACGGCUGUCACGGGCGACUUGCUACUGUACCCGGGAUCAACCAAUAUGCAACGACUCGCCAUGUCGAGAGACGGCCAUUGGGUUUUGGACUAUGUUAGAUCUGGUGUACAUGGUUCCCGAUUACCGGUCAGGGGUAUCGCGGAGAAGAUCCUCUCUCCGGCUGUUGUCAAGGAUCCUGAGAGCAGGAUUAAAACCGCGGACUGGCGCCCGAUGAUAGAGGAUGUCAUUGCUGCUCAGGGGUUGCAGAAGUGA